GCUCAGGUGUCUCUCACUCGUGACUCCCAUCAGGCCGCUCCGAUCUUUUAUCUGAUUUCGCUGGGAAUGAGAAUGGGAAUGGGAAUGAGAGUGUAAAUGUAAAGAUCAUCACCAGCCAGUCGUCUCCGCGAUCAGUCUUCCAAGUUUCUUUGCAGUAAACAAGCGCGCCUCUUCCCCGAAAAUGUUGAAGCUUAUUAACCCAUUGGUGCUGUGCUUCCUGCCGCUGAUUUUCCUUCUCAUCGAGUCAAGAGCCGUCGAAGAUCAUCGAAUCGUUUUUCCCAAGGACAAUGAUGAAGAUACAAACGCCUCGAGAUUCAUAUAUCCAUGGACAAACUCAACAACGAAGACGCCAGAGGAACCACAAUCGACGACAACAAAAUCAGCUUUGGAAGUCAGCAACUCGACUACCAUUAGUGGGUCCGAGGAGCUGGUCAAUGAGACCACCACAGAGAUUCCCACUAUAGACAAUCGGAUAUUGCUAGAAACGCGACCCAUUUGCAAGCCUGGCUAUGAGCUGCAUGGAAAACGCUGUCGCAAGCCGGCUUAAUCUUAAGUCUCCAAGAUGGAUGUUAGUCAAUAAAAUAUUUGAGUAGAUCUAGUGA